AUGCAUGGGAAACCAGACGUGGGUGCAUUGCAGACGUCUCUACGGGUGCUCAAUGUAGCUAAAACCGCGUACCCCGCCAUCCUCCUGGUCAUCUUUGUCUUCGCCUUUAUCAUUCACGGCAUCAGGACAGCACCAGACGAUGGAGACAAAGUCAAGAUUCAUCCGAUGCGAGGACCAGGGGGCAGGCCUCUCCCAAUCCGUCGCAAAUCCGCCAAUCAAGUCAAAGCAGCUGCGGCGGUCAAAGACUUGCCACCAGCAACAAAGACCUUCUUCAAAGUCUCUCAAAUUGCAGUCGUAUUGACUUUCCUCGUCAACGCCGGCAUAAUCCUGUUCGAAACCCUUGUGGAUCGUGCAGAGAAUUGGUGGCCGGGCAAAAAUGCAGUCAUAUACGUUAUUGCCUCGACAUUUCUUUGGCUUGUUGUAUUUAUUUCUAUCCUCGAUGUAAAGCCCUCGCCAAAUGCGGCUCAUUUCCUUACCUGGCUAUCUGCUAUCCCUAUGGAAAUUCUGAUCGUCAUCACAAGCCUGCGGAUCUACAGUGUCCCUCAUUUUGAACCACGCGUUGGUGAUCAACUGGGCGGAAGGUUCAGAGAGACGAUAACAGGCUGGGAAACUGUCGAAGUGAUUGUUUACCUGGUCCGGAUUAUUUUCCUUCUUGGACUUUCACUUGUCUACUUCAGUGUCAAGAUCCAACCCCGCAAACCCAAGGACUCGAGCUCGACCACACAAGGUGAGCGAACGCCGCUACUUCGUGGAGAUGCAGAAGCCGGAAAUCGUGAGAACGGGCAUGCGCGGGCGCCUGGCCCAACUUCGGAACCUAAGGAGCAAGUUGAUGCAUGGGCAAAGCCAACCGAGGUCCCAAACAUUACCUGGUAUGCUUAUUUGAAAGGCUUCGUGCUACUGAUACCAUAUCUUUGGCCGAAAAAGUCUCUCAAGUUGCAACUUCUGGCGGCAAGUUGCAUCCUCAUUAUGGUCGCACAACGAGUCAUCAAUGUUUUUGUGCCAGUUAUGGUCGGUAAAAUCACAAAUGCCCUGUCUGGAGACGACGGCAAAGGUGUACAUGCACCAUGGCUUGACAUUGCCUUGUACAUCGUGUUUAGGUGGCUCCAAGGCUCGCAAGGCAUUUUGUCAGCCACAAGAUCUAUUCUGUGGAUACCGGUCGAGCAGUAUUCGUAUCGAGCUAUCUCAACAGCUGCGUUUGAGCAUGUUCAUGGGCUCAGCGCAGAAUUCCAUACCGGCAAAAGAACUGGAGAAUUAAUUUCAGCAUUGAACAAAGGUAGUGCCAUCAAUUCCUUUCUGGAGAUGGUGACAUUCCAGGUUGGCCCUAUGGUGUUCGAUCUGGUUGUCGCCGUUGUCUAUCUCACCAUCAAAUUCGAUGCUUACCUGGGUUUGGUUGUGGCCAUGACCACGUUCCUUUAUAUCUACGUUACCAUACGACUUGCCUCGUGGCGAGUGGCUCUUCGACGAAAUUAUGUCAACGCAGAACGAGAGAUGGAGGCGGUAAAAAACGACUCUCUACACUCCUGGGACACGGUCAAGUACUUCAAUGCCGAGGAUUAUGAGUUCAACCGGUACAGAACUGCGAUCAAAGCCAUGCAGAGUUUCGAGUAUUGGGUCGACGUCACUUUGGCUUACAUGAACACCGUGCAAGGAGCCCUCUUCAUGGUCGCCCUGCUCAUUGCCAGUUUCAUUGAAGCUUUUGAAGUCGCACAAGGUGAUCAGAAAGUUGGUGACUUUGUUCUUCUCAUCACUUAUAUGGCACAAUUACAGGGUCCCUUGAACUUUUUCGGAACAUUUUACCGAUCCAUUCAAUCAAAUCUGAUUAAUGCAGAAAGAAUGCUUGAAUUGUUCAAGGAACAGCCUCAUGUGCUUGACAAAGAAGGCGCAGAGACGCUGGUAGACUGUUCAGGCGACAUUAUCUUCGACAACGUCUCGUUCAGCUACGACAAGCGACGCAAUGCUCUCGAUCGCUUGACAUUCCGAUGUGCGCCCGGGACAACCACUGCCCUUGUUGGUGAAUCAGGUGGAGGAAAGAGCACGGUUAUGAGACUGAUCUUCCGCUACUACAACCCGGAAUCCGGACGGAUAAUGAUCGAUGGGAAAGAUGUGCAAGACGUUACCAUCAAUUCCCUCCGCAAAUUCAUUGGUGUUGUGCCUCAAGACUGCAACAUGUUCAACGAGUCAAUCAUGUACAACCUCAAGUAUGCGAAUCAAAAUGCCACCGACGAGGAUGUUUUUGACGCCUGCAAGGCUGCAUCAAUUCACGAUCGCAUCCUGGAAUUCCCCGACGGAUACAACACAAAAGUCGGCGAACGUGGAGUGAGACUUUCAGGUGGAGAGCGCCAGAGGGUUGCUAUUGCAAGGACUAUCUUGAAGAACCCACGUAUCACCAUGCUAGACGAAGCCACAGCUGCUCUCGACACAGAGACCGAGGAGAAGAUCCAAGAGUCAUUCAACACUCUCGCUGAGGGUCGUACAAUGCUCAUAAUUGCUCAUCGAUUGAGUACAAUCGUCCAUGCUGAUCAAAUUCUCGUCCUGUCACAUGGCACGGUCGUGGAAAGUGGGACGCAUGAAGAGCUUAUCACGCUUGGAGGCAAGUAUGCGAGCAUGUGGCGCAAACAGUCUAGAGCUCAAAAGGCUGCAGCCGAAGCUGCCGAAUUGAGAACGCGUGCAAAAAAAGCAUUGGAGGAAGCAGAAGCCGAUAGUGCCAGCGUCAGCGAGGAAGAAAUCGAACACGCCAAGAAACGAGACAAACCAGGCGUCAAAGGUCACAAGCGGGUGAACUUCAGCCAGAGUAGUAACUUGCGGGCGGCCUGGGGUACCGAGGAUCGAGACCAUGAUCAAAGGUCAGUAGACUCUCGGGAUGACCAUGGACACGGAGGUAAGCCUCCAGGUCAUCCGUGA